AUGACGUUUUUUUUUCUUCUUUAGCUCAGACACAGAAAACUCAUUUCCCGUUGUCUUUCCUGCUUCUGGUCAGAAGUACAUCAACUCUUCGCAUCUACAAUAAUAAACAGAGUCAAACGGGCAGUCUGGUUCAACAAGGCCGUCGCAUAUGGAGGUAGAGGAGAUGGAAGAUCAAGGACCUUCGCUCCAGAGGGAACCUCCACACAGUGAAGAUUUCCAGCUGGCACCGCGGCAAUUGUUGCGUCCGGAGAGCUCGGCGCCGGCAGAGAGCGUGUACGUGGAUGAAAAGGCAGUGGACAAACUCACGGAGGGGUUGCUCUCUCAUUACCUACCUGAUCUGCACAACUCCAAACGAGCCCUCCAAGAGCUCACACAAAAUCAGCUGAUCUUGUUAGACACACUGGACCAAGAGGUCACCAAGUUCAGAGACUGUAAUGCCCUACUGGACCUCAAUUCACUGUUUACAGAGGCGAAGGUCUAUCACAACAAACUGGUGAACAUAAGGAAAGAGAUGAUUAUGCUCCACGAAAAAACCACUAAACUAAAGAAAAGAGCUUUGAAGGUGCAGCAGCAGAAGCAGAAGGAGGCGCUGGAGAAGGAGCAGCAGCGUGAGAAGGAGCUGGAGAGAGAAAGGCAGCUCAUCGCCAAACCUGCGAAAAGACCUUAAGAUCCCCGAUUACGUCGGCUGUACAAACGCACUGGUGCUCCUGCAUGCCCUCGGCUAUUUAUUAAAUAUCAAAUGUACGUCAACAGCAAAAUUAACUUUAGCAAUGUGGUUUUCUUUGGCUAAUUUUUGGCUUAUUUUAAGAACCAGGCAGCUUCAGUUUAGUCUCGUUUUUGUAAUUUAUUAAAAUCCACUUGAAACAGGAUUCUAUCACUUAAUCCAUCCCGCUGAGUAUUACUAAGGAGACGUGCUCUCCUAAUGCCUCAUUGACGAUCAAAAAGGUUUUAUUUUAAUGGAAUUUUUGGGGGGGGAAUUGUUAGGACUCGACUCGCGUCGCCCUGUUUGCCACCGACUUAAAAAAAAAAAAAAGAUGAUAUGAAGUUGUUAAAAUGGAACAUUUGUUCCGCCUUUGCUUCCAACCAUUUAACUUUUGGGAUGCGAGUUGUUUGGUUUCUGGACGUGUAAAAUGACACAUCCAUCUUUUGUACAUAGAGCUAACAAGAUUAUUUCUGUGUGAAGGUGUUAAACUCUCUUUGCUAAGCGAAGGGGAUUGGAAAAAAAAGCAAUUCAAACUAAUGAGAGUAGAGUAAUAUGCUUUAUGACUGACAGUAUAUGGGAUUUUUAGUUAAUGGGCCAUUUACUGGCGGGAUUCUGGCAGGUUACUUUUGCGUCGGACAUUGCCAAAAUCACCACAAACCAAAGACUCGGACUAAAUCAUCACAUGCUGGGGACUUCCCGUCAUCGAGACACAAACUCCCACUUUUCCCUGCGAGUUGGAACAAAUGACUCGGAGACACUUUUUAAGGCCGUCGGACAAUGACGAGGAUGAGAAUCAAUGGGUUUGCUGUUUUUGUUUUGUUUUAAAGACACAGUGUUAAUAUGUCAUUCCUGUUCGUGUUGAAUGUUAUGUAACAGAAACGUUUGAAAUGAUCUGCACUAAGUCUAACUGCAGCAAUCGUGGCCCGUCGUCAUAAGCGCCAUUUGUAAAUCUGCUAAGAAGACUUUUCAAGAGGGUCUUAAGCACUACUUUGCUGUGUGUACAAUUAAUAGUAAAGGCAACGCAAACUUUUUUGUUUGUUGUAAAGUGA